GCCUGCAUCGGAGUCGUCAUUUUUUCGCUUUGAACAUCCUGCCCGUUCACUUCUCGCCGUAGAUCUCGACGCGGUAAGUUGCGAUGGACGAAAGCGCCAUAUCCAAGGAUCUGGCUUCGGUGUUCAGGAUAAUCGAAGAAGACAAGGAUGUUAUGUUGUCCUGGCUGAAGGAGUUGGUUGCCAUCCCUACGGUCUCUGCAGAACUGAGCCACCGCCAGGACAUCAUGCGUCUCAUAGAGCAGACACAAGAGAAGCUGAAGAAGCACGGCGUGCACGUCACCUUGGAGCCGCUGGGUGACCAGAGGCUUUCGGACGGCAGCAAGGUACCGUACCCACCUCUUCUGCUGGCCAGCACCACCCACGACGCGAAGCGGAAGACGCUGUGCGUCUACGGCCACUUAGACGUGCAGCCCGCGCGCAAGGACGACGGAUGGGAUACGGAGCCUUUCCAGCCCGUGGAGAAAGACGGCCGCCUGUACGGUCGCGGCACCGCCCACAACAAGGGUCCGCUGACCGCCUGCAUCUGGGCUCUGUGCGCCUACCUGCAGACGGCGGGAAGGCCGCCUCUCAAUGUCAGGAUGAUGAUCGACAGCAUGCAGGAGGUCGACUCGGAGGGCAUUGCCGCUUACCUCAAGUCGAGCAAGAAAAGUGAUCUUCUGGGUGGUAUCGACUACGUCUGCAUCGCGGAUGGCGUGUGGUUGCGGCCGAAGUCGCCCUGCCUCACCUACGCGCUCAGGGGUAUAUGCCAUUUCCAAGUGGAAGUGACUUGCGCCGACGCAGACCUUCAUUCUGGAAUCUUCGGUGGAACUGUCAUCGAGGCGAUGCCCGACCUGAUGUACCUGCUCAACAGCCUCACUGACGCCGAGGGGCGAAUCAAGGUGCCGGGCAUCUACGACGAAGUGCUGCCCUUGACGCACGAGGAGCGCAAGGUGUACGAGGGCGUCGAGUUCAACGUCGAAGAGUACCGAAAGGAGCUUGGUAUCGCCAGGCUCGCGACAACCGACAAGGUGGAAUUACUGAUGCGUCGGUGGCGCUAUCCUACGCUCUCCAUCCACGGUGUCGAGGGCGCCCACUGGUCGGCCGGUGACAAGGCCGUCAUUCCUGGCCGUGUGGUGGGCAAGUUCUCCAUCCGCACCGUGCCGAAUCAGAAGGUGCAGAAAGUGCGCGAGUGCGUCGAGAAACACCUGCAGGAACAGUUCAGGAAGCGGGGAAGUCCGAACCAAGUCAAAGUCAUCACGUCGCACUGUGUCGAUCCCUGGUUCACUGAUCCCAGCGGGCCGAACUUUCAAGCAGCGGAGGCCGCCGUGAAAGAUGCGUAUGGUUUGGUGCCCGACAAGACCCGUGGUGGCUUCACGGUGGGCCCAGCGAAGCUGAUACAAGAGCACGUAUGUCGUGACGUGCUCGUGAUGCCCAUCAAUCCACCCGGCUGCGGGUUUCACUCGCAGAACGAGCACAUCAGCGUCACCGAUCUCGUCGCUGGGGCGAAGCUGUUCGCUGCGUACAUGUACGAGCUGUCCAAGCUGAAGUAAUGAGACGGCCGGACGCAUGAAUGGACAAUCAUCAGGGACCCAAGCAGGCAGUGUGGUAGACUUAACACGCACUCUCCCCGGGGGUAUAAAGACAUAAUUUGAGCAGCCACUCUGUAAAUUAACUCGUUGGAUUAAGUACAGUGGUUACACCAUCUUCCCAGGAAAGGGUCUUCAGCGGAGACUGAAGGAAGGUUUCAUUUGCACUGGGCAGUUUUUUUCCCUCCUUUGUGUGUACAUAACACGCAUUCUUCGACAUCCACUGAAUGGGCACUCUUUGUGUGGCUAGGCAUCCUUUUUGAAUGACGAAAAUGUUAAUUUUAUUAUUUCUCUCGAAAUUAGGGAAACACUAUAGCUUUGACAUUUAUGAAUUUCAUGACAAAUUUAUUGCCACUAUAGAAUGCACUUCAGCGCUGAAAUUGUGGUUCUGGUAUGCAAAAAAAAAGAAAAUUACAUGCUUUCUGCACUCUUCAACAUCCGAAUGCGAAUGAAAAAUUGCCUUCUGUACUUGAUCACAAUAUUAUACUGACACGACGUGUAAGCUAAACGGCUAUUAAGUCGAUUUUUUUUUAGUUUCAGAAGUCGAGCCUCAAAAAGGAAUAUGAUAAACUACCGCUCAUCUAGGUGGCGCUCUAUUAGAAAACACUGUUUUAUCUGCCAUAAGGAGUGAGCGUUAUAAUGUUUGUCGGUGAGAAUAUGGUGUAUAGGAAUAAAACUGUCGGAGCUUCCUACUCCUCUUUUCAGAUUUUAGAGCGAAAGCUGUUACGAGAUCACAACAAGGUGCCGUAGUUGUCUGUCGCCGCCGGUGUCCGCAACCAUUAUCGCGCGAAAUGAAAAAAACAAAAAAACAAAACAAAGUUAAUGAAAACACCAAUAACACAACGAGAUUAGAACCUGGGUCUCCUGCGCAUUUGCCCAGUAUUCUAACACUGAGCAACGCCAGUUUUUUUAUUCUUUGUCGCACUGUAAACUCACCCUAAACAGGCUUCAUGUUGGGAAAGGAAUCUCGUGUGUAAUAAAGUGCUUCAUAACAUCAUAGGAA